CGCCCCAUGCAACGUUGGUGCCAAAUUCUGGGAUGGUGUCGCCGUCGAGGUGGGGGCUUCCCAUCCUCCAAUAUCACAGAUUAUCAGGUUUGGGAUCGAUGUGUUCAAGUUCGGAUGGUGGGUAGAUGGUGUGUUCAAGGACGGAUCAUGGUCUUUGGGUCAAGUGGUAUAUAUCUAUCCGGGACGCACUCUGCCAGCUCUUGUUCCCUUUACCUCUCCUCCCCUCAAGCCUUCAGCCCCAAGACACCAGACUUCGGAUCUUCCUGCUAGUACGGUCAAAUCGCAGCUUCAACUACCCGACAUCACUUUACACCAAUAGCCCAUCAUGAAGCUUUCAGUCGCUGCCGCCCUUUCUCUCGCCGCCAGCGAGGCCUCGGCCCACUACAUCUUCCAGCAAGUCGGCGCCGGGACCUCGGUCAACCCGGUUUGGAAGUACAUCCGCAAGCACACCAACUACAACUCGCCCGUGACCGACUUGACUUCCAAAGACCUUGUGUGCAACGUCGGCGCCAGCGCUGACGGUGUCGAAACCCUCUCCGUUGCUGCCGGCUCCCAGGUCACCUUCAAGACCGACACGGCCGUCUACCACCAGGGUCCCACUUCCGUCUACCUCUCCAAGGCCGACGGUUCCCUUUCCAGCUACGAUGGCUCGGGCGGUUGGUUCAAGAUCAAGGACUGGGGCGCUACCUUCCCCGGUGGUGAAUGGACUUUGUCCGAUACUUACACUUUCACGAUCCCUUCGUGCAUCCCCUCGGGCGAUUACCUUUUGCGUAUUCAGCAGAUUGGUAUCCACAACCCCUGGCCCGCAGGUGUUCCCCAGUUCUACCUCUCCUGCGCUCACAUCUCCGUGACGGGCGGUGGUAGCGCCUCCCCCGCCACUGUCUCCAUCCCUGGAGCCUUCAAGGAGACCGAUCCUGGCUACACCGUCAACAUCUACUCCAACUUCAACAACUACACCGUCCCUGGCCCCGAGGUAUUCACCUGCAGUGGUUCCGGCUCCGGCUCCGGCUCCGGCUCUACCCCCUCAUCCCAGCCGACCACUUCUAUCCUCCCGACUUCGACCGUUGUCGCGACCACCCUCAAGACUUCGACUGUCGUCGCCACGACCAAGAGCAGCAGCACUUCGUCAGCCUCUUCAGGCAGCCAGCCCACCACCCCUUCGGGCUGCACGGUGGCCAAGUACGGACAGUGCGGUGGCAUUGGAUACAGCGGGUGCACGAGCUGCGCUAGCGGGUCGACUUGCAAGGUUGGCAACGACUAUUACUCGCAGUGUUUGUAAGUGGGAUCUAGAGUGAGGAGCAAAAAUUGAGAAGAGGGUCAUGAUCAGGGACUUGGCCUGGAAGAGGGGAUGGAAUGGAGGAAAGGGAAAUUAAUCUUCUUGUGAAUAACUUCAACUGGGGCAGUCGCGCUUUCGGUCGGUGAUAGCACACUAGGCUGGGAGCGAAAGGCCCAUGAUAUCUGUAUAUAGUUCUACUUCUUCACUGGGCCGUUGGUGGAAGUGCUGGUGCAAGCAUUUAGGCCACGGUCUUGCAUAUGUUUGGAAUAGAGUGGUCGUUUGAUAUAGCAUCAUACCAAGUAGCGAUUCAAGAUCGUAUUUGCAUCCGGGUUUAUGUCAAGGUACCCACGGGCGAGUGAAGACAAGGUGUUUGUGAUGUGACUUGCUGGCGUUUUCCUAGGAUAUUCGGGG